GACAACCACACAAGUCACCGUGUUGCCAUGGAAUAGUAUGGAAUUAAACCUUCUUCAGUGUAUAUGUUUUGUGAUUGACAGGAAAUGCAUCAAAUGGACAUUCAUUUGUUUUGACAAGUUUUGACUUUGUAAAAACUGGUGAGUUGUUUUGGGGUGGUGUGAUUUGUCUCAAAAUGUUAAAAUGGUAGUAAUGCUGAUACUAAACAACAAUGUUUAAAAUUGUACUAGCUUUGUUGUCACUAGUUUUUGGGAUAUCUUUUGGAAAUGGUAUCCCUUCCUUACCCUAUUGCUCCGAAAAAACUGGAUCAGGGCUACUUCUGGUUAGUACCUUAGAUGGGCGAAUGUCAGCUUUAAAUAUAACUGGAGAUAUUGUGUGGCAAAUACAAACAGGACCAGGUCCUCUACUACAUUCCAAUAUCCAUAACUUAGAGCUAACUAAUAAUGGAGAAUGGAUCAGGAUCAUUCCAUCAUUGUCAGGUACACUUUAUAAAUUUGAUGGAACUACAGUCGACCCAAUAUUUAUUUCUACAGAAAAUUUACUGAAGUCCUCAUUUCGCUUCUCAGAUGACCUAGUUAUAGCAGGUGGGAUAGAAGUUAGGACAUAUGGACUUGGACUUAGAACAGGGUCUUUGUAUUAUGAGUGUACUUCUGUCAGUUGUUCCAACACUGUUGAGCAAGAUGUUGAUGACGUGUUAUUGGUUGAAAGAAGUACCCAUGUUGUAAGAGCUAUAGAACCUAGAACAGGUAGUGAAAGAUGGAACUUCAGUGUGGGUUUGCAUGAUGUUAAGUUACAUAUAGUCAGUUGCAUAGACAAUCAAGUUCGACUCUAUGAUUGGAAUUUAACAGCCAUUGUACCUAAAGGCCUGCUUAGGGUGGUAAUAUCACAAGAAAAUGUGACAAAGCAUAGUUGGCAACAUACUUUCACAUCUCCGAUAGUCCGAAUUUGGAAAUGGACUGGCAGCAAUUUAACAGAAGUGAAUCUUUUCACUAACCAGGGAGUACCCAAAGUUAUUACGGAUACUCCACUUUUGCCGUCUAUUUAUCUUGGAAUGCAUGAUGAACAGUUAUAUAUUCUGGAAUCCUCGAAGAUGCACGAAGCACUGUAUGAUAAGAGUAUGAAAAUGGUUGCUUCUCCGCCUAUUGUUGAAACUUCGAGUAUAAUGAAGAUACGAUGGAAUGCUAUACCAGCAUCUACUGAAGUUACAGAGGAUGAUUCUACAGCCCUUUCUGUACUGAAUGGAUCAAAAUAUGUCAAUGGUCACGGAUUCUAUCUGUAUUCAGAGCCAGAUGCAAAGCCUGACCAAAAAUAUAAAAACGAAAGUUGUAUUCGAGAUGCUAUCAAUGGUGCUAGUUAUGAUAACUUGUCUCUGAUAUUCCUAUCCUGGUGGUGGAAGGAAUUCUUUGUGAUGGCUUUGAGUAUCUUCAUUUGCAACUUCCUGUUCCAUAUUUGGAAUAACACUCAGAAAAAACAAGAAAUUAUCAUAAUCGAGAAACCAGGAGAUGCUCAGAACACUGUUGAAAAAUCCAACGAAGGUGACACAUUCACAUCAAGAUACGUAAACGAUUUUGACACGGUGCGAUGUCUUGGCAAAGGCGGUUUUGGGGUUGUUUUCGAGGUGAAGAAAAAAAUUGACGAGUGUAACUAUGCUAUCAAGAGGAUAACUCUACCCAAGGAGCCUAAGAAAAGAGAUCGGGUAAUGCGCGAAGUGAAGGCCCUUGCAAAACUAGAGCACCAAAAUAUUGUGAGAUAUUUCAGUUCCUGGGUUGAAAAACCUCCGGUUGGUUGGCAAGAAGAGCACGACAAGAAAUGGAUAAUGGAAAAACACCUAGAAGAGACGUCGACAAGUCCCAAAACCAGACGCAGUAAAUCUGUUUCUAUAAACAUUCCUUUAAGUGAUGACGCGGCGUACAUUGAAAGUGACAGCGACGAUGACGGUUUCCAGAUAGUAUUCCAAGACGAUUCCAACUCCAAAAGCCAUUUGAAAAGUUCUGUAAAUAAAAAAAUAGAAGAUAACUUGACUAUGACCCUGGAUUCUGGCCUAACAGAGCAUACUUCAAAAAAAGUAAACUGGAAAAGACCAGGAAGGAUGCACCAUUCAUGGGACUUAUCACAGAAUCAACUAAGGCCAAGCGAAGAAUCGUCAUGGUAUCUCUACAUCCAGAUGCAGUUGUGCAAAAAAGAAAGUCUCAAGGAAUGGCUCACCUCAAACUAUAAACGGGACUAUAAGUUUGUAAUAGAUAUUUUUUCCCAAAUAUUGGAUGCUGUUCAAUAUAUACAUCUCAGGGGCCUCAUACAUAGAGACUUGAAGCCAAGCAAUAUUUUCUUCUCUUUGGAAGGUCAAAUCAAAGUUGGUGAUUUUGGUUUGGUCAAAGAUAUGGAAGACGUAUUUGAUUUAGAAUUCAAUAAGAAUGGAACCCCGCCAUUACCUGGGCAUACCAAAGAAGUUGGUACCCAACUAUACAUGAGCCCUGAACAAUUUCGUAGCCGUAUAUAUGAUUACAAAGUGGAUAUAUACUCGUUGGGCUUGAUUUUCUUGGAGCUAUUGAUUCCAUUUAGUACGGAAAUGGAAAGGGUCAAAAAGUUGACCGAUGCCAAGGAAAAUAAAUAUCCUAGUGACUUUAUCGAAAAAUUUGCUGACGAGCAUACGUUAUUGCAAAGCAUGCUCUGUAAAGACCCAAAUAAACGUCUGACCACAAUCGGCAUUAGAACAAGGCCUCCUUUUAACCAGCAGGACUCCACUUAUGAUGAAGAUUGUCAUUAUAAGCUGAAUAACUUCCAGAAAAGUUAGAUAUAAUCUAAUUUUUCAUUGUACUGAGUAGCCUUAAGGUAUAUUGAAAGCCUUUAUAAAAUAAAUUUUUAGUUUUAAAUUUAAGUAAUUCUAUCUAAACUUGUAGUUCGACUACAAGAGAGUUGUUUUUUAUUUUUUUUUGAAGCUUGGUUUUAAAACCCUAUUUGUGAUUUAUUUAAUGUUUAGACGGUGUAUAAGCCGAUCUUAAAUUUUAAGUUCCAUUCCUGUGUUAGUAUUACAUAUGUAUUUCACUAUAUUUCAACCAGAAAAUAUAGUUAUUUUUUAAA